UAGAGGAUGAAGUCCAAAUUUCCUCCUAUAUUAAUUAUAUAUACAUAUACCUUAUUUGACCAGCUAUCUCUCCCAAAUUAAACAUCUUUCAUUAUUUCUCCCAUCAUAAGUUUAUACUCUUAUUGAUCAAUUUCAUAUCCUACAUAUAUAUGUUACAUAUAGGUGAUGUGGUGCUACUAUUACUAUAACCCGUGAGUUUACAACCAAAUCAAAAGAUUUAUACCAUCAAUUCAUGGAGUGUCAACAAUCAGUUUCUUCUCUUACUACCUUUUCUAAUUCUUAUUCCUCAACACACACUAAGAAAUUUCAAUUUUCAGCUUGCCAAUACAAAGGAGUAGUCCCCCAGCCCAACGGCCGAUGGGGGGCUCAACUCUACGAGGGUAACAAACGGGUUUGGAUUGGAACAUUCGACCGCCGAGAGGUUGCUGCUCGAGCCUAUGACACGGCCGUGAUUCGCUUCCGUGGUCCACACGCAGCCACCAAUUUUUCCAUAUGUCAUUACAGUGUGCUGCAGCUAGAGUUUUUAGCCUCACUUUCCAAGCCACGGGUUAUAGACAUGCUUCGGACCAACACUUAUCAUGACGAGCUUGCACGCUUCAUGCGGGCUCGCUGCGCCAAGAACCGUAGAAGACGGUUAGGCCAAGAGGAACCAAUGGAGGAGGAUAUGAUGAGUCAAGACUCUAGCCGAGAGUGGGUGUUCGAGAAGGUGGUCACGCCAAGCGAUGUUGGCAAGCUCAACCGUCUCGUGAUACCUAAGCAGUAUGCUAAGAGGUAUCUUCCUGUAAUCACUGCAGACGAGGAUGUGGGUGGGAUAAUGUUGAGAUUUGAGGAUGAAAAAAGAGAGAAAAUAUGGAGGUUUAAGUAUUGUUACUGGAAGAGUAGUCAGAAUUAUGUGUUAACUAAAGGGUGGGGGGAGUUUGUUAAAGAUAGAGGUUUGAGAUGUGGUGAUGUUGUUAGGUUUUAUACUUCAAUGGGUGCUGAUAAGCGAUUCUACAUUGACACCAUUUCCAAGGCUUCUGCUAAACUGAUUAAUGACAAUGGCUCCGCAAGCUCUAAGAUGUUGAGGUUGUUUGGGGUUGAUAUAGUUUGUCCGAUGGUAUCUGCUACUGCUUGCUAAGAGUAUAAUUAGGGGUGCUCAUCAUACAAGUGUACAUGUAGUCCAUAGAGAAGUGCUAAUAAGAUCAUCUUCAUUAUGAUCAGUGCUCACUAAGCUAGUUGCCUAGUUCAACCCACCUUAGCUUAUCCUUUCUCCCCCACGCCCCGGGGGCUUGUGUAGGUUAGUUGUCGAUCGGCUUGAUUGGGGCCAUGUGUAGGUGGUUAUUGGUUACAAAAAGUGUUCAUGUAUAUAAGUACAAUGGUAAUGAAUACAAAAAAGAAGAGCAUUCUUUAAUUUUAAUUUUUA